UGAGCACCUUUCUUGUGCCAGGAACUGAGUAGCAAAAUAGAGAGAGAGAAGAAGGAAACCCGGUGGGACAUCGAAACAACAGGAAUAUUUGGAAUAAGCGCUUUAUUGUUUAGUUAUGACUCCAAAGACACUGCAGUGAGGUAUUCCUAUCGUGUUAGUUAGCUGAUGUGCGACGAGCUGCUCCCGGAUUCGAUUACUGAAGUUUGGGCUGAAAAAGUUCACAGCGGUACGGGAUCGGUUUUUAACGUUGCUACUGGGGCUGUCUUCUACCGCUGACACAGACCUGCAAAGACAGAAGACAUGGUGUCCUGGAUUAUUUCGAGAUGCGUCGUGCUGCUGUUUGGGACUCUGUAUCCUGCAUACUACUCUUACAAAGCUGUCAAGACUAAAAAUGUCAAGGAAUAUGUGCGAUGGAUGAUGUACUGGAUUGUAUUUGCCCUCUACACUGUAGUAGAGACCAUUACUGAUCUAACACUGGCAUGGUUUCCUCUGUACUAUGAGAUAAAGAUAGCUUUUGUGAUCUGGCUGCUGUCUCCCUACACCAGAGGUGCAAGUCUCAUUUACAGGAAGUGUCUGCAUCCUCUGUUGUCCUCCAGAGAGAGGGAAAUAGAUGAUUAUAUUGUGCAGGCCAAAGAGAGAAGCUAUGAGACCAUGGUGAACUUUGGCAAGCAGGGACUGAGCAUUGCAGCUACUGCUGCAGUCACCGCAGCUGUAAAGGGUCAGGGGGCCAUCACUGAGAAGCUGCGUAGCCUGAGUAUGCAUGACCUCACACAGAUAGACCAGCAGGACGACAGAGGAAACCAGCUGUACCAGUACAGCUCCCAUUCAGCCAACCCUGCUGUCAGGAGGUCUCGCAGCACUGACGCUACUGACGGAAAUGAGUACUAUUAUGAGCCUGAGGAAAGGACAGAUGAAGAGGCUGAGCCAACCUUCUCUGAAGACGAGGCUGUCAGUCAGAAAGGACUGAGGCGAUCGCAGAGUGUCAAGAUCUCACGAUCCAGAGUUCGCAAAGAUGCUCGUUAUGGAUCACUGAAGCUUAAAGGCAAGAAGAGACCAGCACUGAGCUCUGUUAACUAUGGAAUGUGAAGAGAUUACUGCUGACACAUACGUAUACACACAGCUGAGCCCUCUGCUGAUUGGUGGAUGGCACUGUCAGCUGGUUUUUCAGCUCUGACUUUUCACCCUGCUGAGCUCUUCGAUGAUUACCUUUCUGCUGACAUAUUUAUUACAAGCAGUGGCUCCUAGAAAGCUUAUUCUCAGCAGACUUUUAUUUUUCUUUGGUCUGAUGGAGUACAUGAUGUCUUCGGUGUGGAAUGUGUGUUUUAUUAGUUUUUCAUUAGUAUUGUAGACCUUUUCAUAUGUGUGUCUAGUUUAGAUUUUAGAUAGCUGUCUGUUUUGUGUAAUAUUACAGAACACAUGCCACUUACUAAGGCAUCCUCUGUGAGGAGUACAUAACCUGUAAGUCAUGCUUCACUAGAGUUUUAAUCACUUCCCGUGAUGUUAUUCCUCACGGCAUAAGAGAAAACCAUCAGUAAGAGUGUGGAAAAUCGCUUUGGUUCAUGUUCAGCCUCCACCAGUGUGACCUUUGCUUUGUCUUUUUAGUUCAAUCAUUUAUUUUUCUUGUGGAAAGACCAAAAUAUGGGGCAAACAAGUCAAAAUAUGACUGGGCCUCAACUAUUGUGUGCUUGGCUGGAAUCGCUUGACACUAAAAGCAAACAUGUUCUGCAUAGAUGUUUACAUGAAAUAUAUUGAUUUUAUUGAUUAUAUUGAUUUUAAACAUUAUACCUUAUUAAUUACUUCAACCCGUGACUCUUCUUAAAGCUUUAGCCAGACAUGUGUCGAUGUGAGAGCAGCAGAACAAGCGCAAAUAUCUGAUAACACAUUAUACAGUUUUUAUUAGCAGCAUUCUGGAUUAUGUGACUAUGAGUAAUAUAAAAAUGGACCCACCCAGUUGGAUUGAGUUUAUUGUGACUUUUAGCUCAAAGUGACACAUCACCGUCCUCAGAGUAUAAUAUUAAAUGUUGAACUUUACUAGCUUUAAUAUUUGGAAUGGCGAACCUCAUGCAUUUUAACAAAUCCAAAGUCUUUAUUAUUGCCAUAUAAUAGUCAUCUAAUUAUGAUUUUAUGACAGCUGUUAGUUUCAGCUGCAGACUCUUUCAGCAACCUCAAAUAUGGCACUAGUUUUGCUUCUGCUGCCUUUUAGCCAUUUCAUCAGCUUGUUUCUAGUUGUGCUACUAGUUUUGGAUUCUUGACUUCUGGAUGCUCAGUGUACUAAUGGAGACCAGUUUUAGGGAUAUCUUAAAAGUAACAUUCCCUUUCACAACAUUGACAGUUCAGACAUGAACAUUUGAAUGUUAGGAGAGAGCAGGGUUGAAAGAAUCACGUGCAGAACUGAGUCUGAAACACUUGAGUUCAUUUAGAGAGCACUGUCUCUUCUGUCAGAGGGCAGGGGGUGAACACAGAUAGAAAAAGUAGAAAAAACAAUUGAAUAAGAGAAUCAUUCUUUUGGGUUUCUGUGAGAGCAUUUCAGCAUUUACAAAGUUCUGCAGCUCCUACUCUUCUCAUUUCCUGCUUUUUACUUGUGCUUUUAUUUCUGUGUGUCCUGAUCACACCCUUGGUUGUAAAUUUCAAGCUGUUUCAUAGUGGCAUUGAAGAUUUGCUUUCUGGAUUGUGUUUUGUGUGUGAUGAUCAAAAGGUCUUUUAUAUUGCAACCACAUGUUUUGCACAUAUACCUCCUCUUAAACCUUUUUAUCAUUAUGCUGUUCUUGCUAUAUAAUGUUACUUGGCUGUGGGAAGGUGCACCGCUUGGGAUGGCUUAACCAUUCUUGAUGAUAGAUGCUAAUACUAACAGCUCCUCAUAGCAUUUGAAAGUGUGGCUUGUUGUGCAGCUUGAUUGGAGGCUGCAGAAGAUUCCUUGUGCAGUUGCUAUGUUGCGGGGAGAGAGGUUUAUAUUUUUAUCGUUUCUCUGGCAGAAACGCUCUCCUUCCAAUAUGUCAGAGUGCUUCUGGUUCAGCAGGAUGUCUGUCCUAAAGCAGUCAUUUUCUUGUUUGUCCUUUGCUGUGAUGCAACAAGCCAAACUUGUUCACAUCAGUGGGUCCAUUUAAUGAUUGUAACUGACUAAUGACACCAAAGCUUUAUGUACCCACACAAAGCGUGUGGCUGGGGUUGUUUCAUCUGGUGUGUGAAUUAUUAUUAUUAUAAUUUUCAAUGUAAUAAAAUAAAAUAUGCCUGAUUACAGUCAGAGCAACAAA